AUGCUAGAAAGGGUGCAGCUCAGCGGCGAUGAAGAAGCUGGCUGCUUCUCUCAGCAACUGCUUGAGGUCGGCAAUGGCAGACUCACCACCACAGCCGAUGGCCAAGUCAAGCUGCCAUUCGGCAAAGCAGCGACGGACAUCACCCAGCUCAUGACCAAAGUGUUUCCAAACCUCCACCUCCGCUACCAAGACCAAGACUGGCUGAGCGAGCGAGUCAUCCUUGCUGCCAAGAAUUUGGCCGUGGAUGACAUCAACGCCAAGCUGCUGGAGCAACUGCCUGGUGACCCAACGAGCUACAAGUCGAUCGACACAGUUCCUGAUCCUGACGAGGUGGUGCACUAUCUGACCGAGUUUCUCAACAGCCUGGCGCCCUCAGGUCUGCCACCACACAACUUGGUGCUCAAGGCCCAGGGCCAGUCCCUCAAGGUGGUUGGAGUCAACCUCAGUCAGCCAGUGUUCUCCUAUGGCCAGCUCUAUGUGGGGUGCUCCAGGGUGGGUAACCCCAACCUCUACAUUCUCUCUGAAAAUGGCAACACCAAGAAUGUUGUGUACCAAGAAGCACUGCAGAGCUGA